AUGGUAGAGGGCGUCCACAAAGUGGGCGAGGAGGAAAUCAACGAGGCCAUGGAGGCUGGGGAAAUGGAAAAAGUUAAGGUCAUAUCCCCUAUUCGGGCUAGGAAAUUGGAGGGGCAGGGAUGUUUGGCAUAUUUGGCUUAUAUUCAGGAUGUUGAUGUUGAAUCUCCAUCUAUUGAGUCUAUUCUUAUAGUGUCUGAAUUUAAGGAAGUGUUUCCUUCUGAUUUCCCUGGUAUGCCUCUAGAUAGAGAUAUAGAUUUCUGCAUUGAUUUGAAACCGGGCACUCUCCCCAUUUCCAUCGCUCCAUAUUGCAUGGCUAAGAAUGUCAUAGCUUAUGCAUCGCGGCAGUUGAAGGUGCAUGAGAGGAACUACUCGGCAAAUGAGUUGGAGUUGGCAGCGGUAGUGUUUGCCCUUAAGAUCUGGCGGUAUUACCUUUAUAGUGUCAAAUGUGAGGUGUUUAUUGAUCAUCGUAGUUUGCAACAUGUAUUCACUCAAAAUGACCUAAAUCUGAGACAACGAAGUUGGGCAUCUCAAAUAAAAGGUGUGGUGUUAUCUAUCAUUGAGGUUAGACCCACGUUCAUUAAGGAGAUCAAGGCCAAACAAUUUGAUGAUGAAAAUUUGAAUGAGCUUGGAAAGAAGACAGGGUCUGGUAAGGCACAAGAUAUGGUUCUUGAUGCGGAAGGUGUGCUUAGUUUUAAGGGGAAAACUGGUGUUCCCGUAGUGGAUAACUUGAUUUGGAAAAUGUUGACAGAAUCUCAUGGUUUACGGUAUUCCAUUCAUCUGGGUGUGACCAAGAUUUAUCGAGAUUUGAAGCGACUUUAUUGGUGGCCUGGUAUGAAGAAGGGCUUAGUUGAAUUUGUGGCUAAGUGCCGAAUUUUUCAGCAGGUAAAGUAUGAGCAUCAAAGUCCUGCAAUCAGAAUAGACUAUAAUGCUCAACAGUUGGCUAAGAUUUAUGUGAAAGAGAUAGUGAGGCUACACAUGAUGCCUCUUUCUAUAUUAUCAAACCAUGGUACGCAGUUCACAUCCAUGUUUUGGAGGAAAUUUCAUGAUGAGUUGGGCACUCCACUCACUCUUAGUACAACUUUCCAUCCACAGAUGGAUGGGCAGUCAGAGAGAACUAUUCAAGUUUAUCAUUCCAGCAUUGACAUGGCACCGUUCGAGGAACUUUUGGGGAUUGAUUUGGUGAAAGAUGCUCAGGAUAAAGUUAGAAGUAUCCAAGCUAAGCUUCUAGCAGCCCACGGUCAACAAAAAAAAAAGAUGAGAACCAAGGAGAUAAAGUCCUUGAAUGUUCAAUGGAAGCAUCGUCCGGUUGAGGAAGCUAAUUGGGAAACCGAGAAGGACAUGUGA